AAGACAAAAUCAUAGUAACAUGGGGAUUUUCAUACGUCCACAUAUGAUAUAUCCACACACCACAACAAACAAACCAUCAUCAGUCAUCCUCCAUCAACACCUAAACAAACACACAGUGAAUAUGGCCAACAACAACAACCCAACAAUAUUGGCAAAACAAGACCAAGUGCUUCUACUGGAUUACUGGACAAGUGUGUAUGGUAUGAGGGUCAAGAUAGCUCUUGCUGAAAAGGGUAUUCCUUAUCAAUACAUAGAAGAAGAUUUGAGGAACAAGAGCCAACUUCUAUUGGAUUCAAACCCGGUUCAUAAGCAAAUCCCAGUUUUAAUCCACAAUGACAACCCCAUAUGUGAGUCUAGCAAUAUUGUUGAAUAUAUUGAUGAAGUUUGGAAUGAUAAAGCUCCUUUGCUUCCUUCUGAUCCCUAUGCUAAAGCUAAUGCUAGAUUUUGGGCCGAUUUUAGCACCAAAAAGAUAUACCAAAUAGGGAGGAAUUUGUGCACGUUAAAAGGGGAAGAACAUGAAGCGUCAAGAAAAGAGUUCAUAGAUUGCCUUAAAUUGCUAGAAGGAGAGCUUGGAGAAAAACCUUACUUUGGAGGUGAAAGUUUUGGCUACCUUGAUGUAUCUUUGAUCCCAUUUUAUUCAUGGUUUCAAGCUUUUGAACACUAUGGAAAGUUCAACUUUGAACAAGAAUGCCCGAAAUUUAUGGCUUGGGCUAAGAGAUGCAUUCAGAACAAAGAGAGCGUGUCCAACACUCUUCCCGAACUGUCAAAGAUCUUUGGCUUUGUUCAAUACAUGAGAAAGAAAUUUGGAAUUGAAGACUAGAACUUACAACAACAUAUGAACCGAAAAUACUUGAUUGUAAUAAAGACUGUUGCACUAAGAAUUCACAAUUCUAAGUUGUAUUUCCAGAUGCAUUGUUUGCUGCGCGCUCACAUUAAAAAACAUGUAUUUUUUUUUUUUACAUUCAUUGGGACAAUAUAUAUGGUGUAUCUGUAUGUCAUGAAUUUACCAUGCAUGUUGAUAAAA